AUGGUGUACAAACGAAUGGUAGAAAUAGGCCGUGUGGUGUUCGUUGCGAAAGGUGAUGACGAUGGAAAAUUGGCGGCUAUUGUUGAUGUUGUUGAUGGGAAUAGAGCCUUGGUUGAUGGACCAUCUACGGGGGUUAAGCGUUCGGUUCGUAAUUUCAAAGACCUUCAUUUGACAAAGUUUCGUAUACCACUGAGACAUGGGAUGCGCACAAAAAAUGUCAAAAAGGCAUUUGAUGAAGCGAAAAUCAGCGAGAAAUGGGCAGAAACUUUAUGGGCGCAAAAGCUUGCUAAAAAAGAAAUUAAAGCAAAGAUGACUGAUUUUGAUCGGUUCAAACUGAUGCGCGCAAAGCAGCUGCGAAAUAGGUUGGUGCGUUUGCAGUUAGCGAAACUGCGCAAGACAAGGAAGACCGGAAAACCGACUAAAGAGAAAUAA